AUGGUAGUGAUAAACCCUGCCUUGGUCCUAGGACCUGCUUUAGUCCAAACAGAUUUCUCAUCAGGCUUGAUAAUUAGGAAAAUCAUGACUGGUGAAAUUCCAGGGGCUCCUAAGAUUCUGAUGCCAAUCGUUGAUGUUAGAGAUGUAGCCUUGGCUCACUUAAGGGCAAUCCAAGUCAAGGAAGCAGCAAAUCAGAGAUUCAUAGUGUCAGAUAGUAGUUUGUGGUUUAAAGACAUUAUUUUGACCUUAGCUGCAAAAUACCCUGAAGGCUUCAAAAUUAAUACAUCUGAUAUAAAAUAUUGCACAAUGAAGAUUGCUUCAUGGUUCGAUGCAUCAGCAAAAACUCUCAUUGGAUAUUGGGGGGUAGACUAUUAAUUAGACAACUCAAAGUCUAAAAGUAUACUGGGACUUGAAUACACACCAGCCACUGAGGCUAUUGUUGAGAUGGCAGAGAGUUUUAUAAAAAAUGGGCUUUUGAAAAGCAAUAAAAAGAAGUGA